UACAGAACAAUCAACAUAGAACAGGAUUAGAAAAUAAACGUAAACGACAAGAACUUAAUGAAGACGACAUACAAGUCAGUCGAUCUUUCAGUCAAUUAUCAAUAUCACAAAAAAAUCUAAAGAAGACAAAGUCAACAAUAGGAAAUAAUUCUUCGAAUAACGAAAUAUCGAAUGUAGUCACUGAUGCUAAUGAAAAAGUACAACAACAACAGAAACAGCAAAAAGAGGACAAUGAAUUAUUAUCAAUCAACUAUGUCAAACAAUUUAAACCAAAUUAUUUAAAAGUUUCUGAUAAAAUAUUUCAACGAAUGUUAUCAAAUUCAAUAGAAGAUGGUAAUAAAAUUGUUCAAUGUUUAAAUACCAAUAAAAAACUUCAAUUUGUUCAUCAAAUGACUGAAACAACAAAUAAUUUAUAUUAUUUCGAUUUACAACGUCAACUCUGGCAAGAUUAUUUUGAUCUUAACAUAAAAGAAAAUAAAUGGGCACCACGAGUAUCAAAAUCUUUUGUUAAACAACAUCAUACAUGUCGUACAUAUGGUUUUCCUAAACAUAUAGUUGAACAACGUCUACAAACCAUCACACAACAAUUUCAACGUACAAUAAAUGAAUUACAACAAUGUAUAUUACAAUCAGAACAAAAUGUCAAACAUUGGCAGCCAUACAUUCGUCCAGCUAUUUUAUCGAAUGCUAUAAAUGAAUGUAUGAAAAGUGCUCAACAACGAUUAAGACAAGAAUUUGAUUAUAAAAAGAAAAUGUUAGCAUUAGAUUCAAAUGAUCGUAAUUUAAUUACAAAAUUUUAUGACUUAAAACCAAAUGAAGUACAGAUACAACUAGCAAAACAAAUAUGGCAAACAACAGCAAGUAUAUUAAAAGCAAAAGCACAAGAAGAAAUUCUCCGUAAAAGAAUUUUCUUACGACGAUUACCAAGUGCAUAUGAUAAAACGAUUAAUCGAUUCAUGGACUACGUCCAACCGAUGCUUUCAAACCAAGUUCUUGAUAAAGAUCGACGUGCUAAUUUGGUAUCAAAUUAUUCAAAAACAAUUACACGAUAUAAAUUUGAUUUAAUGACUUUAAAUCUUGACACUAUUCGAAACAUAAUACGUGGUCAUCAACAACUACUUAUGGAUUUACAGAAUAAAUUGGCACUGUGUUGCAGUGAAUUAUUGAUUCAAGCAAUUGAAAAUCGUCGACAAGCAAUGGAGAAACGUCAUGAAUUAUAUCUUAAACAUAAAUUGCAUACUUUUUUCGACGAAGCUUCGACAACUUUAAACGAAUGA